AUGACCUUUGUCAGGUCGCUCCGAAAGCCGCUGGACCAUGAAGAUGUCCUCCCUUCCGUGGACGCCCUGGCCGAAGUCAUGGCCUAUCGGACGCCUUCACCAUGGAGCAAGUCUCUUCUCAAGCUGUACUGCUUUUGUGCAGUUGCGUUACUUUGCUCCACCAUGAAUGGCUAUGACGGCUCCAUCUUUGGUUCGUUGCCUGCCCUAGAAUCCUUUAGAAACCGAUUCGAGGUCGGCAAGACUGGCCCUAAGCUGGGAUACAUCUCAGCCAUGUACACAGUUGGCACGAUUCUUUCUCUGCCAGUGACCGGCCCGGCGUGCGACUUCAAGGGGCGUCGCAUGGGUAUAUUCAUCGGCAGCGUCAUUGUGAUUGCAAGCACCGUCCUGUCCGGAUUGACCACCAACACGGAGCAGUUUGUCGCCGGCCGCUUCUUUCUCGGCUUCGGGGCCGUCAUGGCCGCUGGCGUCACGCGAGGAUCCGUCCAGUAUGCCGGCGAUACGGCCUGGAGAAUCCCCCGAGAAGGGCGAGCCGUGGACUUCCUGACCGAGUAUCACGGAGAGGGAAACCCGAACCAUCCCCUUGUCCGCCUUCAAAUCGACGAAUACCGCCAAGCCAUUCACAUCCAUGUCUCUGACAAGAAGUGGUGGGACUAUAGUGACCUCUACAAGACGCGUUCGGCUCGCUGGCGUGUCGUCAACGCCCUGAUCCCUUCGGUUUGGGGCCAAUGCUCUGGAAACGCCAUCGCCAGCUACUACCUGCCUGCGAUUCUCACAACGACGGGUAUGACGAGGUCGGAUCAGAUUCUAAACAUCAACCUAGGAUACACAAUCGUGUCUGCCGUAGCAUUGUACAUUGGAGCCGGGCUUAUUGAGAGAAUGGGUCGAGGACCAACUAGUAUUCGAACCUCUGUUGCGUGCUCCCUUUGUUUUGCCGGCAUCACGGGGGGAGCCGGGGCAAUCGCAGCGACCAAAUCGGGCGGCGCUGCCACGGCUGGCGUGGCCUUUAUUUCCAUCUUUGGCUGGUGUUACAACUUUGGCAUGACUCCCCUGCAGGCGCUGUAUCCCGAGUGCUUGUCGUACGAGCAGCGCGGCAAGGGCCUGGCCUUUGUCUUUGCCUUUGUUCACUGCCUGGCGUUUGUCAACCAAUUUCGCUUUCCAAUUGCGUUGCAGUGGAUUGGCUGGUAA